UGACAAGUCUUCACUUUCACAUCGUACUAAACAUCGUACAUCAUUGAACAAGUAUGAAUGAUUUACUUACAUGUUUUUUGACCACAAGUCCAAAUGCAUAUAUUCAUCAACGAUCAUCAUCUUCUUACUAGUUCCUGCCAGAAGUUUUGCCAAUUCAGCACCGGGCUACUCUGGAUAAUAAUAAUAUUCAUCUUUUUACUAAAAAGUGGUAUUCUUCAUCUGAUUCCAUGUAGUUUCUAUUGAUCCUAUUGCUGCGCCAUCAUAUUUAAAAGAUGGCAUCCGCUAAAAGCGAUUCAGCACAAGCACAACUGCUGAUUCAAAAAUGUGGGGGUGGAAGCUUUUUCCCAAGCCGAGUAUGGUGGAAGGGCUUAGGGGAAAGCCAGCGCGAAACGGCGGAGCCUGACCAGUACAUACGUAUGAUCAAUCUCAUAAAAUCAAAAAUCAGUGAGGUCAACUUGUGCUAGUGUGUUAGAGAAGGAAUACAAAAACUAAAGAGAGCUCGGAAACUACACAACAAGGUACGACAUCGCACGAAAGAACGCUGCAAAGGCAUGGGCAGACCCAGGCCGAGGACUUCUCUUUGGGCCAGAUCAGAAGACGAACAGCAAUCCAUACCCCAUUUGGAGUCACACGAUAGUAAAGCGACAGCCCAGGCUAGGUCAAGAGAAACCGCCGCCACACGUUGGGGUACCUUUCAUUAAUGUGGGUAUACGCUUUUCUCUAAGUGGCUUCUCUGUAAUUGAAAUGAUCUUUAUCUGCCAGAGGUAUCAUGAAUUUGGGAAGUUGUUGUUGUACGUCGUAAGCUCUGUGAUCAACCAAGAAAAUGACCGUCGGAAUUGUCGAGUCAUUUUCUUUGUUGACAAAAUUUAUCUUCGUCUUGCAAAAACAGACCCAGCCGGACCAGUAUGAUGUGCGACUUAAAGACACCAUGAUGUCGCGAUCGAACAGCACAGGCAGAAAACUGCCCAAACAAAAUCAUGUGCAAGAGCUCAAGCGACACAUCAAGAUGCAAACCGUGAACAGGGCUUUUAAUCGCGAUUUUACGCGUUCAGGGAGCUGCUUGGCGUUUUAA